AUGACGCACAUUCGUUUCCCAUCAAUGCGAUUGGGAAACAACUUUACCCCUGGGAGAUGUGCAGAAUCUGCACUUGCAGUUCUCUCCCAACGGCCUCACAGCCCUCAUCGCCCCCGCAUACUGUGCUGGAGUAAAUCCAGUAUUUUACAGCCAGCCCUGAUGUCGUCAACACCACCAUCAACAUCGUCAACAAUGUCAUCCAAACCCCACUUGCUUCGUCUGCCGCGGGCGUUGGCUGGUCUCCACCCCCUCAGCUUUGUUUAA